AAAUUUAUUCCAUUCGGUCUCGCCCCUGAUCAUUGUUCUCCUCGCAGGCUGGCCUAACUUGCUCCAACUUGUGAAGAGAACAAAUGGCUUCCAAAUCGGUUCAUGUGAACAAGCUGCAGUGCUCUAGCUACUGAUUAUAAACUGGCAAGCACUCUAGUUACUGAUCGCGAUCAGCUGCUCGUCUAGGGUAUCUAUCGCUCAUGGACGUGGGUGAGGAGGACUGCUUGCGCGAUCUACGCGAGGGAUGCGAGUGGGUCGCUUCGCAGUCGACGCACUGCACAAUCGACGACCGAGCGGUUGAGGCGCUUGCGGAUGCGCUAUGCGCGUCAGAUAGAGGUCGGUCUACGACGGGUGCUACAACCGCUGGUGCUACAACCGGCGAUGCUUCAGUCCAGACCACAACUGAUGCUACAAGCGAUGCGACACAAGCCGGUCCUGGCAGGAGCACGUUGAGGCUACCGCCUUGGAAUUUCGACGGAGUGCAUUUCUACGACGGCGGGCCUCUGACUGUGCAGUAUCUGCUGCUGCUGGACGCCCUGAACUUCUGCUUCUGGCCUGACCCCUCUCUGCACUACGAGCACCUGGCGUCCGGCCUACGAGCGGCAGUGCAGUCCGAUCCCAGCAGUAUAGAUGCUGCUCGCCUCGCAGCACUUGAUGUCCCAGGCCUGCGUGCUCUGCUGGGCCCCAAGCCCUUCCCUCUGGAGCAGCAGCGGGUGCAGGCAGCACGGCAGGUGGGGCAGGUGCUGCUGCGGCGAUUCAGUGGCAGUGCAGUGAAUAUGGUGGUGGAGGCAGGGGGGAGUGCGGAGAGGCUAGUGCGCCUGCUCACAGCCCACUUCACAUAUUUCCAGGACCACGCAAUCUACCGCGGCCGCCAGGUGGCGCUCUUCAAGAGGGCGCAGAUCUUCGUGGCGGACGUGUGGGGCGCGUUCAACGGGCGUGGGCUGGGUCACUUCUCGGACGUCCACAGCCUCACCAUGUUUGCAGACUACAUUGUACCUGCCGUGCUGAGAAGCAGGGGCGUGCUCAAAUACGCAGAGGGAUUGGCGCAAUCAGUGGAUGGCAGGCAGCAAAUACUAGCAGGUUCGGAGAAGGAGGUGGAGGUGAGGGCGUGCUGCAUUGUUGCGACGGAGCGCCUUCGAGUGCGAUUGGAGCGCCGAGUGGGGAAGCAGGUUUUAAGUGUAGAGCUGGACUGGUUGCUCUGGUCGCUGGGAAUGGAAUCUACGGCUCCAUUGUGUCAUCAUCGCACGAUGACCAUUUACUACUAAGAACGCCUUCGAUGCAACACAGCCGUGCACUUGUUCUUGAGAGAUAGCUGAUGCUCAUUCCUUGCCGUUAUAAAUAUUGCCAGUGUACAUAGUCUGUUGAGCCAUGAUUGGCUGUUCCUUGUACAUGCACCUAGGGCGAGUCCCAAGAGCAUAUAUGCUGAACGGAAUAUAUGGUCUAAGAGCGUGUUCCUUCCAGCCUCCCAAGCAACCUCUUCCGAAAUAGUCACUCCGCGGGUGGUUUAUGCGGGGGAGAGCUUAUGAUAGGGUGAAUUUAGGAGAGCACCCGCUUUUCGGGGGCUGCAUUUU